AUGGACUACCAGAACAGAGCAGGCUCCAAAUUUGGCGGCGGCGGAGUCGCGUCGCAUUCCGCCACAAACGCAGACAGAAGAGAACGACUCCGCAAGCUUGCGCUCGAACACAUCGACCUCGCAAAGGAUCCGUACUUCUUCAAAAACCACGUCGGAAGCUUCGAGUGCCGUCUCUGUCUUACUGUCCAUCAAAAUGACGGGUCCUACCUCGCUCACACCCAGGGCCGAAAACAUCAGACCAACCUUGCCCGGCGAGCAGCACGAGAGCAAAAGGAAGGCCGAGCUCAGGAUGGAGCUGGCGGCGCCCUGCCUGCGGGCAACAUGGGCGUACAAGUGAAGAGAAACACGGUGAAGAUCGGUAGACCGGGCUAUAAGAUCACGAAGAUUCGAGAUCCGCUUACCAGGCAGCACGGGUUACUUUUUCAGCUUCAGUAUCAGGAGAUUACGCCGGGGGUUACGCCGCGGAUUCGAUUCAUGUCUGCUUUUGAGCAGAAGGUGGACGAUCCGCCGGAUAAGGAUUAUCAGUAUUUGCUCGUUGCUGCGGAACCGUAUCAGACGUGUGGAUUCAAACUGCAGGCUCGAGAGGUUGAUAGGAGAGAAGGGAAGUUGUGGACGUGGUUUGAUGAGGAUAGUAAGGAGUUUUGGAUUCAGUUGUUGUUUAAGACUGAGAGAGAGGAGAGAUAUAGUGGUGUUCCGGGUCUGGCACCGGCCGGUAUUCGGAGAUGA